AUGGACCGGGAGAAGUACUCUAGACAGAUAAGGUUAUUUGGGGAAGAAACUCAGCAAAAGCUUAGUAGUGCAAAGGUAAGAAUAGUUGCUCCUGAAAAUUCCGAUAUUCUGCCAUUUUUAAUUCGGCUUAUUACCCAAAUUGGUAGUCAGUUGGUGACUGAAAAAGAUCGGGGCGAGGUUGAUUGGGUUUUUGUAGUUGAUCAGCCGGAUACUGUGUGUUCUGAUGGUUUAGAUAGCAAUCAGUUGUAUAUUUGUACUAAAACCUUAAGCAUUGCCAAAAGCAACCCAAUACUAACCCAAUGCACUCCUGCUCAGAUUGAUAGUAGUGUGUAUCGCGAGUAUUUAAACAUUCUGGCCGGAGUCGCGGUGCAAGAGUAUAUCAAAACAAUGGCCGGCAUCCAGACACUCGAUCAUUGGAGUCUCUUAGAUACCUUAAAAUAA